AUUGCAAUUUGUCUAAUUGACAAACAAAAGAAAGAUAUUCUAUAGCAUGAGUGAAAAGUUGCGUCACACUCCAGCAAUAAUACUCCUUGCUGAUCUCAUUUUUAUUUUACUCUUUUUAAGGAACAUACACAAUUCCGCCAUUGCAGAACCUCAACCAAAUCACUUCAUCAUUCACCAAUCAUGGCUGCUACACAUUCCUUCCUAACACCCACUUUCUCUCUCCCUAAACCAACCUGUUUUUACUUCGUACCUUCGAUUUCUCCUUCUCUUACUCGCAUCAAUAAUCUCUCCUCCUUUAUUCCUCCCCGUUUUUCAUUUUCUCGUUUUUCUCUCAUCUCCAGAAAAUCGAAUGUAUUGCAGGCUUCUCCUGAUAGCACAAAUGCUGUUGAUGCAUUGAUGUCUGAUUCAGAAAAUGAUCCUAUCCCAAUGCCUGUAGUUUUGAUUGAUCAAGAUUCAGAUCCAGUUGCAACAAUAGUGCAGGUUAGCUUUGGAGAUCGUCUUGGAGCUCUCAUUGACACGAUGAAGGCAUUGAAAGAUUUAGGUUUAGAUGUGUCAAAGGGUACUGUUUCCACCGAGGGAGCUGUCAAGCAAACAAAAUUAUUCAUAACACGACUUGAUUCUGGGAGAAAGGUUGAGGAUCCUGAUAUGCUGGAGCACAUCCGACUUACGAUCAUUGACAAUCUUCUAAAAUACCAUCCUGAAUCUAGUGAACGACUUGCAAUGGGAGAAGCCUUUGGUGUCAAAGCUCCAGUAAUGAAGCCUGAUGUUGAUGUGGCAACUCAUAUCUCUGUUCAAGAUGAUGGGCCUAAGAGGAGUUUGCUAUGCAUAGAGACAGCAGAUAGACCUGGGCUGUUGAUGGAAGUCAUAAAGAUCAUGGCUGAUAUCAAUGUCGAUGUGGAAUCAGCAGAAAUUGACACAGAAGGACUUGUAGCCAAGGACAAGUUUCAUGUAAGUUACCGAGGGGCAGCACUAAACAGUUCGUUGUCUCAGGUUUUAGUAAAUUGUCUCCGUUAUUACCUAAGAAGGCCACAAACUGAUGAAGAUAGUUACUGAUAGCAAGAGCUAGUUCUUAUCAAACUACGUGAGCCAAUAUGGUCCUGGACUCGCGUGCUGCGGUUUAUGCAGAUUACUCUUAUCAUAGGUUAUGUUGGAUUUUGAAGUAUAAUCUGUAAAUAAGUUGAAUACCUACAACCAUCUUGUACCCGACAUCGUUUCACCUUGUGGAACAUUCGCUAAAGUGUAUGAAUAAUCAAAAUAAGCCUUGCUAGAGCGAGUUUUUACGUCCUAGCGACCAUCUAUGGUCUUGUUUGGUAAUUCUCGUUGGUUGUUUUAAGUGACUUGUUUCUGUUUGUAUCAACAAUUUCUAGUGGCAUGGUAGCAUACUAGCAUUGUGUAUUACUUGUUUGUCCAAUUUAUCAAUCAGGCUAAAAGACGCCUUAUGCA